UAUAUCGGAGGAACGCGCGCGAUCCGGACUCAGUUACGCGCCUGCCGGCCAGCUGUGCGAGUGUACCUUUAAAACCAUUGUUUCUUUAUUCUUCUUACUCUAUUGAAAAUCGUGCACCGGUGGGUGUCUCUUCUCAUUUGCUGUUGCUACUGCUACUACUGCUGCUACUGCUACUGUUUCUUUUUCGCUUCGUAUACGAUAUCAGAUAUAUUUUCGCGAAGAUCGUUUAUAUUUAUGAUUUAACAUUUUUUUGUUUGUUUUAUUCUAUCUCUCUUUCUCUCUCUCUCUCUCUCUCUGACACACAUUCGUAUAGAUUAAUUAUAUAAUUAACGUGAACUUUCGUUUACAAUUUUUGGAAAUACACGUAAUACAACAGCGUGAUUUUGAAUUGAUUCAUUAGAUGGUGGAUAUCGAUCGUGUAACUCGAAAUCACGGGUAAACGUUUAAUCUUGUUCUUGUCAAGUAAAUCGAUAAAAAACAAAGAAGAAGAAUAAGAAGAAGAAAAUUAAAUAGACAAGAAAGAGGAGGAAGAAGAAUAAGAAGGAAAAAUCUAAAAGAAAAAUAAGGGAUAAUUAAUAAAUAUAUAAAACUUAACGUGACAAAAUGUUGUCAAUUGUGAGAGAGGAACGAUAAAAGGAAAAGUAAAAAAAUUCAAAGGGUGGCUGCAUGCGAGUGCCCAGGUCCGAGAUCUUCGGGUUCCUCGGUGGAACGCUGACCUCCAACGACAUCGUCUGGAAGGAUUCAUCUUGCGCUACGACGACGCACGCAGGGCAGUUGCAUUCGCCGAACGGCGACAGCGACAACAGUAACGGUAGUCAACGUGUUGUUGCAAUUACCAGAAACGAAAUAGAGCAACAGCAGCAACAACAACAGCAGCCUCAUCGGCAGCGACAACAACAAAGACAAACAACAGCUACCGUUCCGGUUCUUGGCUGUACAAAUCACACCUCGAUUACUACAACCACGACGGCAUUUACAGUGGCCUCAAGUAUGCUUCUACUGCAAACACAGAGUCCAUUUGGAUGCAGCAGUUUCGCGGAUUUGUUGAGCGCGCCCUACACGGAUUCUGCAGAUGCCGGAAGUUUGCCGGAGGAACUGGAUCCAUUUCCAGAAUUGCAGCUGGGUAAUCCGCAGGGUGUGCCGACAAACGAUGAACCUGCACAAACGCAACAAAGCGUUCAUCAUCAAACGGCGCAACCACCUCCACCGCCACCACCCCUUCCCGAAGAAAUUCAAACCGAUUCGCUGAGUCCCACACCAUUGCCGAGCUUCCAAGAGACCUACACGGUGCAACGAUAUACCAGACAAGAACUCCAGGGUCUCGGCAUCAAAAUGGAUGACGAUUGUUACGAAAAUUCGGUAUAUUCCUGCGGAGCUGGUCAUUAUUCGACCGAAUUCACAUCGGGUGUUACCUAUCACGAGCACCAUACCCAACAACAACCUCAACAGCAACAACAACACCACCACCAUCAUCCCCAAAUUCAUCAACAACAACAACAACAACAACAGACUCAGGCACAAACGCAUCACCAUCAUCACCAAGGUUACUUUCCAACGGAAACAGCACCCACGCCAACUGCAACGAUGCCUUCACCUUCCUCAAGUCAUCGGCAAGAUUCACCUUACGGAGUAGCAGUGACGGUACCCAUGGUGUAUGGUCAAGCACCAACCAUCACGGGUGGUGGUGGUGGUGGUGCAAGUGUAUCAGUUCCGGUUGCACCAACUGAUAUCUGUCCGAACCUUGAGAACGUCGUCGUAGGUCCUCCGCGUUCGCGAAGGGCAUCCUUGCCCACCCAAAGGUCCGAAUCGGCAAGUAGUGGCAGCAACGAGUCCCCAAAGGCACGCGGUGGAGUUGGCCCAGUUGUUGGUAACGCGAACAUCACGAGCAUCGUCAACACUACGAGCACGGCGAGUUCAGCUAUUUCAUCAGUCAGUCCCCCGUCAUCUGGAAGCGGUACUACCACCAAUGAACGUGCACCACCAAGCCCGAGCCAAUUGUGCGCCGUUUGCGGUGAUACAGCAGCCUGCCAGCAUUAUGGGGUGCGUACGUGCGAGGGUUGCAAGGGUUUCUUCAAGAGGACGGUGCAGAAAGGUUCCAAAUACGUUUGCCUAGCCGAAAAAGCAUGUCCGGUCGACAAACGUCGUAGAAAUCGUUGCCAAUUUUGUCGCUUCCAAAAGUGUCUGAUGGUCGGCAUGGUGAAAGAAGUCGUUAGGACAGACUCGUUGAAGGGCCGUAGAGGAAGAUUACCUUCUAAACCAAAAUCACCCCAGGAAUCCCCGCCAAGUCCCCCAGUAUCAUUGAUCACGGCUUUGGUUCGUGCCCAUUUGGAUACUACCCCGGAUCGUAUGAAUCUCGACUAUUCGCAAUACAGACAAUCGAGACCAGGUGAUUUGUCCGUAACCGAGGCAGAAAAAAUUCAACAAUUCUACAGUCUGUUAACUACCUCGAUCGAUGUUAUUAGAAAUUUUGCCGACAAAAUACCUGGUUUCACGGAUCUGGCACGAGAGGAUCAGGAAUUAUUGUUCCAAUCUGCCAGCCUGGAACUAUUCGUCCUCAGGUUGGCUUACCGUACCAAACCGGAAGACACCAAGUUAACAUUUUGCAAUGGGGUAGUCCUAGCUUUGGAACAAUGUCAACGUAGCUUCGGCGACUGGUUGCACAGCAUUCUGGAAUUUUGCAAAUCCCUUCACGGGUUGGACGUUGAUAUCAGCGCGUUCGCCUGUCUUUGUGCACUUACCCUGAUUACCGAGAGGUACGGGUUGAAGGAACCCCAUCGUAUGGAACAACUGCAGAUGAAAAUAAUCUCGUCGUUACGCGACCAUGUAACUUAUGACGCCGAGGCCCAAAGGAAAACCCAUUACCUGUCCCGUCUUCUCGGUAAGCUGCCGGAAUUAAGGAGCCUUUCGGUUCAAGGUCUUCAAAGGAUUUUUUACCUGAAACUCGAGGAUCUCGUGCCGGCGCCACCGCUAAUUGAAACAAUGUUUGUCGGUAGUCUACCCUUCUAAACGUUUUCCCUUUACUCCCUUCGUCACACUAUCACUGUACCACCCAUCACCACCAACUACUAACACAAUCAUCCCUAUUACCAAUCCCUACAAUUACACCCUGAACGAAGCCUAAGGCUAAUUUAUAAUUCUUGUAUAUGACAAUUGUCUUCAAUGAUUAUCAACCCCCUAUGGUUGUUCCACAUUUUUCAAUUAAUUUUCUUUUCAAUUCAUUAUUAUUAUUAUUAUUAAACCUAGCCUAUGGCUUUCUUUAUUUCUUCAUUCCUUUACGCGUGUCUUGUUGUUUUCUUUUUUCUCACGCAAUUCGUAAAUUUUUCUCUAAGUGUUUCUCUUUGUCAUUUCGAAUGAGCUUACCUUCGAGAAGCAGCUGAACGGAUAUAUCGUCCCCCCUAUCCACCCCCAUCCCACCCCCCUUUAUUUUAACCCUUAUCUACGAUCCUACGAAUUUAAAUCCCCGAGAAUGAAUUUAAUAUAUUAUUAUUAUUAUUAUUAUUAUUAUUAUAUAAAUAUAUAUAGUAGUAAAUGGGAUGCAUAUUCUUACGCGUACGCAAUUGUACCGUGUAUUUAUUAUGUACAAUCAUUGCGUUUGCGUAAUUAUUCGCAAAAUUAUGAACGAAUGUGAUUGGUUGAAAGAAAGAAAGAAAGAAAGAAAGAAAAAAAGAGAGAGAGAGAGAGAGACUGGAGAGAAAGAAUAAGCGCGAAUCUACGCUGUCGGAGUUAAAUUUUAAGGAAAAGUAGCCCCCAAUGUGCGUGCCUGAAGCUCCGUAUGCGUUACUACUAUUAUUAUUAUUAUUAUUAUUAUUAUUAUUACUAUUGCUAUAAUUAUUAUUAUAUUAUUAUUAUUGUUACUAUAUAAUUACUAUUUUAUUUACUAUUAUUAUUAAUAUAUAUAUAUAUAUAUAUAUCAUAACGUUACCUGCCCGUGCUGUCGAAUGGUAGGAAACGAAAAGGAAAAAAAAAAAACGAUCGACGAUCGGAGAAUCGGUGAGCAAUUGAAAAAAA